CAGCGGAAAAGACUUCUGCUGGCGAAAAGACAGAGAAGCAGAGCAGAAUUGUGGAAGUGAAACCCAACACGUUUCUAAUGAGGAUGACCAUCAGACGGAUUCUCCUCAGCAUCUUCCUUCUCUCUGGUCUUUUGACCUGCUAUGGCUUCAGAAUUUGUGCUUUUAACGUCCAGAGCUUUGGCGAUUCAAAAUCAGCCGAUGCCAAAAUCAUGAACUCUAUAUCACGGAUUGUAGCUCGCUGUGACAUUUGUUUGCUCCAGGAGGUCAGAGAUCAGAAAAAUAAAGCCAUCCCACGACUACUUGAGGCAGUCAACAAAAUUGGUGAAAAUGAUUUUCAGUAUGUGGCAAGUGAACGCCUUGGAAGAACACAGACCUAUCAGGAGCAAUACGUGUUUUUUUACAGGAAAAGCACCGCAAUACUGAAAGGCCAGUAUCAGUAUCCAGAUACCCAGACAGGAGAUGUAGAUGCUUUCUCCAGAGAACCCUUUGUGGUGUAUUUCCAAGCCCCUAAAACAUUGGCUAAAGAGUUCGUCCUGAUCCCACAACACACCACUCCUUCAAAUGCUACCAAAGAGAUCGAUGAACUCUAUGACGUCUUUGUGGAUGUUAAAGGGCGCUGGGAAACUGAGAAUGUGAUGUUCCUUGGGGACUUCAAUGCAGCUUGUGGUUAUGUGGCUAAGAAGAACCGUAAGAACAUCAGACUCUAUACUGACCCCUCCUUCACCUGGCUGAUUCAGGAUAACGUGGACACCACAGUCAAAGAGUCCACUGACUGUGCCUAUGACAGAAUUGUUGUGCAUGGAGAGCCCUUUCUCAGAUCAAUUGAACCAUUUUCAGCACAGCCGUUUAACUUUCCCAAGGAAUUCCUUCUUACAGAGGCUCAGGCUCUAGAAGUGAGCGAUCACUACCCCAUAGAGGUGGUCCUCAAGGAUGUGAAAUCAAGGAUGUCCACAAGAUACAGUGAAGCUCCUUGUCUUCUGCCUGCUGUGUUUGUCCUGAAUGCUUUACUGCUCAUGCAGAUGAUUGUAUGAACUACAAGUGGAUUAUUCAUCUGGCCCAGAUGAAGACUUUACUCUGCUGUUACACAGCUCUGUUGUACUUGAGCUCAGAAUGCGUUGGAGAGUGACUGAAGAUUAAAUUCUUAGCGUGUUUUAUGGCUUUUCGAAUAUAAUGAUGAAUUGGCUCAGGUGUUAUUUUCAGCAUGCUUUUUUUUGUAAAAAAAGAUUUUUUUUUUUUCUGUUAUUAUCGUUACAUUUCUGUUUUUAUCAACUAAGCUUUUUCUACAUCCUCUAAUGGAAAUUUUGAAGGUAGUUGUUUUAUAUUGAAGGUAGUUAAAUGUAGUGAAAAAAAAAAGAAAGAUAAAAGAACAUUAUGCACAAGUUUCCAUGUUGCUUAAUUUGCCCAGUCAGAAAGUCAUUCAUGUAGGUUUCAAGUGACAAAACAAAAAUUGUCUAGCGGAAGGAUGUGGCCUGAUAAAGAGGAAGUUAUUUUUCUUGGAAGAUUGUUUUAUUUAUUUUUUAAAAAUGUUUCAAAGAACCUAAACCAAAAGCCAAGCAAUGCAAAAUUAUUUUGUAAUAUGCAUUUAAUGUGAUCUGACAAUUCAACAAUUCCUUUAACAAGUUCACUUGAAUUGGUCCUACUUUACUUACUGUUAAAUGUUCCAAAAGGGGACGCUAUUGAACUUUCUGAAUCCCA